AUGUUUACCAUGCUUUUCAAGCUCGUUGUGGUCGCGGGCUGUUUUGGUGUUUUUCAACUGCUUCUUCGUGUGUACAGACACCUGACGUCGCCUUUGCGGUCUGUCCCCGGACCUUUCCUUGCAAGAUUCGCAGACGUUUGGUACUUGUGGGCGUUGAAAAAGGCGAAUUUCGAGGUGGUUAAUAAGGAAUUACAUAAGAAAUAUGGCCCUAUUGUUCGAUACGGGCCGAAUCGCUACAGUUUCGACGAUCUAACCGCCACGAAGACGAUUUAUGGCCAUGGAUCCCAGUUCAAGAAGUCCGACUGGUACGGCGCCUGGAACCGGCCCGAUACCUGGAACUUGUUCGCGGAGCAGGACAUCUUGAAACACUCGAAGUACCGCAGGCAGUACCAGAACGACUACAGCAUGUCGUCGCUCGUAGAAUACGAGCCCUUCGUGGACGAGUGCGCGGCUCUGUUCGACCAGCGGCUGCAAGAGCUGUCGCAGAGCGGUCUGCCGGUAAAUAUGGCCCAUUGGAUGCAGUGCUAUGCCUUCGACGUGGUCGGUUGCAUCACCUACUCAAAGCGGCUCGGUUUUCUUGACCAAGGGUUGGACAUAGGAGGUUUCAUGACGGCCAUAAAUAAUGGUCUAAUAUACUCAACCCUCGCCGGCGUCUACCCGUUUUCCCACCCGUACCUCUUCGGCGCAAUCAGUCGUUUCGGCGGCGGCGGCAUAGGAUACGUGAUCAACUUCACGAUGCAGUCCAUAGCGGAGCACCAAGCUCCCGCCAAGGUCGUGGACGAAGACGAGAAGCCAGCCCCGGGCAAGUCGAGAGACUUCCUGUCCAAGUUCGUCGCGAGGCAUCACAAAAACCCCGACACGUUCACGACGCUGCACAUCAUACAGGGCUGUGCGGCCAACAUGGUCGCCGGGUCCGAUACUACGGCGAUCUCGCUCUCCGCUAUCCUGUACUAUCUGCUCAAGAACCCCGAAACUUUCGCGAAGCUCCGCCAGGAGGUCGAGGAGGCGCAGCGCGCCAGUGGGACGGCUUCAAAGGAUAUCUCGUUUAAGCAGAGCCAGGAGAUGCCGUAUCUGCAGGCCGUCAUUAAGGAGGCGCUUCGUCUCCAUCCCGCGACGGGGCUCCCGAUAGAAAGGGUUGUGCCGGCUGGCGGUGCCACGAUCGCCGGCCGAUUUUUCCCGGAGGGUUCGAUCGUGGGGGUCAACACCUGGAUCGAGCACCGCAACCCCCGCGUUUUCGGCGAAGACGCGGACGCGUUCAAGCCGGAGAGGUGGCUAUCCGACGACGCGGAAAAGAUUUCCUUCAUGAACAGGCACUGGAUGCCCUUCGGACUUGGUGCUCGAACUUGCAUCGGCAGACAUAUAUCGCACCUCGAGAUUUCGAAACUCAUCCCUCGGCUGGUUCGCGAUUACGACUUUGAGCUCUCGGAUGACGUAGCUAAGAAUGGGUGGCAUACCGACAAUUAUUGGUUUGUGAAACCGAAGAACUUCAUUGUUCGCGUUGUGGCGCGGAAGGGCCUGUAAUCCGUAUACCGUAUAGCCUCACUAAGAGGCAGCUUCAUGAACAGCUAGUAUUGAUGGUAAAGAGGUGAUGAGGCUCCCAUCGUGAACCAAUAAGCAUCUAACCGGCCUCAAAUUAAUGUAACUGUGUUGAUGUCAAGUAGCGCCUUAGGCAUAUAGUACAUGUCGGAUAUCCGAAUCGACGAAUUAGCGCCACGAUUUUGCUUUCAAAUUCGACAAAGAGGCUGCAAGACAAUUGCAUUGAGACCUAGCUCGGCAAUCUAUACGAUAUCCAACCCCCUGAGCUAAGAUCCGAGAGACACGAAUUACUAGGUACCAAAUGGAAAAAGUGAAGCCUGCUAAUUGUGGUUACUGCGUAGGUAGUGUCCUGGUCUAAGUAUCUCCAGCUAGCAAGUAUCUAGCAUACCCUCUAAGGCUGCAUUAGUCCCGACCCCCCGAGCUGUUGACGAUGGCGCCAUGCAAGCCACUAUUCUUCUGAAGAUACAGCUCGGGAGGAGAGGUUAAAAUAGGCAGGUAAGAGAUCGUGGCUUACGCUGCCGUUUAAAGCCACGUACUAGUAAAGACAGUCAUCAAACAGAAGAUUGCUAC